AGCAGCAGCAGCAGCAGGACGGCAUGGCAAUGAUGGGGUUGACCCCGUCUCCGACGUACUCGACAUCAGGGAGGGCCCCGUACUUCGACACCGCUCGCCUCACGCCGCGCUUUUCGCCGGGCAAGGGGGUCAACGUGACGGGUUUUCAUUGCCGACCCCCCGCCUUCGCCGGAUCAGGAGGAGGGCCGCCUGCCUUGGGACCCCUGUCGCCAGCGAUGACCGAACCGCCCACGCCGCCGUCGCAGUGGCACGUUGGAGAACCCGAGGCGUUUGCUCCAACCAGACCCGGGGAUUGGGGCGGUGUGAACAACAACGUGCAAGCGAGCAGGACCCCAGCAGCGUCGGAGUCGGAACAAGGCGUUUUGCCGAUGGAGCAGCGGCCCAUGGACGAGGUAAGCGCCGUCCAGGCGCUCAUGUCGGUGGGCUUGGGAACAUCUGUCGACCUAGGAACGAGGGCUCAGCUGGAGGCUCCAACGACAACUACGGCUGCCGUGACCUCGGGGCCCGAGCGAGCCGGUGUAGCUGCCGCCGGCAAGAACAUCGCCAGUACUCCACCUGCCUUGGUUGACGCGCCCAAGCCGGUGCACAACCCCGUGCCUUCCUUGGCACGCCUGAAGCCCUUCGAGGGAGGCGAUGAUGACGAUGACGGCCUCGACAAAGACCUGUGGGUGGUGGUGGAAAAGGGCAGCGUGUGCACCUCCCGGGACUGCACCUACAGGGAUGCGGCACGAAUCGCUUCCAGAAGGCACUACCACUCCAACUGCACCCAUACACACAACGGCGGAGAGAAGAAAGGCAUGGCGUUUCAUCACCACCAGCUCGAAAAGGUCCAGAAGCAUCAACGGUCGCACAAGCGAGAGGCCACCAAGAGCGCUCCCUACAAACGCACGACUCCGGAAGACCAUCAAGCAAUGGAAGGGGCGGGUGUAGAGGGGUACCGUCCGACCGACUGGAACCAAGAGGAGACACGCAAACUGGACGAACUAGUCAACCAACUCGUGGCCCCAGUGACGCACGCGUGGCCGAGCAUCGCGCGCUACUUCCCGACAAAGACUGGAAUCCAGUGCCUGCUCCACUGGCGCUUCACGCUGAACGACAACGGCAUCAUUCGGGGCAAUGGGACCUGGGGAGCCGAGGAAGACGAACGUCUGCGAAAGCUGGCACCCGUCUUCUCUUCGCCUUCGACCGGACCUCGCUGGGCCAAGAUCGCGGAGGUGAUGCCGGGGAGAACGGCCAAACAGUGCCGUGAGCGAUACAACAACCACGUAGACCCGGGCAUCAAGAAGGACAAGAUUUGGACGGCCGAGGAGGAUGCCCUGGUGAUGCAGUUGCACGCCGAACACCACAACCAGUUCGCCAAGAUAGCGAGGAACAUUCCCGGCCGGUGCUACGACGACGUCAAGAACAGGCGAGUUCAAUCUGCUUGUGAAGCGCCGCCAGGUGGCUGUUAAGGCUGCGGAGUCGGCGCUCUCGAACGCAGGGAACAAGUCCCUCAGGCCUACGGUGGAACGCCCGGGUGGUGCGUCGGAACGCCGGUCGCCGCCUCCGUUCGACGGUACUGCAACCGCUGGGCUCUUCCAAAAGUCGGGCUUCGCCGAGCAAUCGCUCGGUGUAAAAAGAUCCACGCCCGAAAUGCCGGAGCGGUGAAGGUCAGGACAGGACAGGACAGGCAGGGUCGGGUCGGGCCGCAAUUGUUAGUAGGUUUGGUAUUUGAAAAUAGCGUCGGGGUUUGUGUGGAAACGAGCGCGGGAAGAAACGUGCCGCAUCGUUGUACAGGCUGAAGAAACGACAGACGGGUUGUUUCAGCCCGAGGUCUGUAGUUGUUGAUACGAUAACGCGAGCGUGUUGCCGUUGUCUUGAAACGCGCCGCUCAUUUACGAGGCCGUCAGACCGCUCAUGCGAGGUGUGCGUGUGUUGGCCUUUUGUUGGCUGUUGGCUCUCUCAUUUUGUUUUGUCGUUCGCUUGUUGUGCGUGGGUUGGGUUGUUUUGUUUUUUGGUCCACAGCCGUACGGAGCACGCGGUCCGAAGGGAGUCGGUCGAUGCAAGCCGGGUACACAGCGGUGCAAAAUGGUAUAAUUUAUAAUCUUGCUUAUCGGCACACUGCCCUACGGUGUUCUUGCUGAGUUUUGUUUUGUUGUUGUCAGUCCAUUGCCCUAAGGCUCAGACGACUACUGGGAGCGAUGUCGGCUUUAGUAUCGAAUCCCCCCCCCUUGCAUGCUUGCAUCUGUUGUUGCAAAGUGAGAAGACCACCGCCUGGUUUGACCUGGCCAGCGGAACGUUUGUCUCGAAAUGUUUUUUGUCAAGGCGUUGUGGUUGGUGUGUAUGCACCGCCGUUGUGUGUUUGCUGCGUCUUGUUGCAUGUGACGGUGAGUAUUAACGUUGUGCGGGGUGAAAAGGUGACGUAAGCUGCCCCCGCGCUAGAUAGUGGUGCCCUUGUUUGAAUUGAAGUUGAUGGUGAGGUCGGUGGUAGGUGGCAGGUCACGUACAAUUAGUCUUGACUUGGCUCCAGGAAAAAAUGGGCUAAUUCUGGGCGUAUUGAACUCGGCCGAAAGUUUGUAUGGCAAAGGUGCAAUAGACAGGUUUGAAUCGCCUAACUUGGAAAAUGUCUUAUGUUUGUGAGGAGUGAUCGUGAUUUUCGAGCCCCGUAGUGUGGCUUUUCAGAGAGAAUUCGCAGGUAGACAGGAAGUUGUCCGUUGGACGGCUGCAUUUUUUUACGUUUAUUUUACAGGUCGCAAGGAGCAGAAACGUAGGGAGGGAAUUGCGAUCGCGAGUGUUUUCUGGGAAGAACAGAGCAGCAAAAGUUCAGGUAGUUAAAAGGAGGAAGGUGAUCGUGUUGCCAACAAGCAGCUGUUGGCUGGAUGCAAGACAGCGGUGGUGUGCCGUCAUUUCGUAGAGUCCCACGUGCUGUGAGGAGCAUUAGAUGUGGCGAAUGGUGGGAGACGGAGGUACUCUAGCCGGUGUGAUUCGUGAAAAAUAUUGUGCACUUGCAUGCGUACGCAUAGUGUCUUGAUCAAGCGUUGGCUGUAAGCGCGACACCCGAACGUGAACACAGCCGAUGCUAUCUCUAAGCUAACCGCUAUAUAUGUUGGGCUACUAAGCUUUCUGCUUAUGCUUCUCGAGCAGCUUAAGGACUAGAGCCUUGGACAACCCCAUGACGGAAUCCAUGGAGCCGUCAAUUCUGGCGAUGAAGGGCUCGACCAAAGGGUGUUCCACCAUUAAGCCACCUGCGCACUGAAGCACUGUGCCCUCGCCACACAACUUGGUCACCACGCUUUCCGGCACCUUUGGACACAGUUUCGGCGGGAAGGAACGGAGCACGAACAUGAUUAACAGCGAUUGGGUGUACAAGUCAGUAUGACGUUCGACAUCGCCGGACAAGGGCUGAGAGGUUAACAUCAAGAGAACUGCCGAGCGCGGGGGGGAAACGUAGUAGCUAGAUGAUCAGGCUUCUUUGUUAUGUUACUUCGUUCCCAGUUUUUUUUUUGCCCUGUACUUGGAAGUAUUAUUUAUCUCCGCUCGGGGGCUCUUGGUUAUUUGUUGCCCCUGAAGGAGUGCUGUCUGACGGCUUGCUUGCUUGCUUCGGAUUUUACUUCUUGGGUUUUAUCUCGUCAAGUAGUACACUUUUGUCUAAUUUCUAUGCAUGACCGCUCCUACACAUCCUAAGCUCUUUCGGGUUCAUUUGGGGGCAGUUUGUAUGAUUGGUGAGAAGCCGACGGUACGUCGUGUCUUGUCGCGUGAUGUGCGUGGUUUACUUUCGUGUCGUUUUUUCGUUUUUACUCGUGAAGAUCUUGGCACACCUGGGGCGAGGCGUGGAGAGGGUUGGCCUGGUGGUUAGCCCGACGGUGAAAUGCUCCCCGACUCCCGUAGGCGUAUGAGGAAGGUUCAGGUGUUUGUUUUUUCUAGUGUGCUUUCUUGUAUAUACAUUUGGGUUUGUAUUUGGCUUCCGAGUUUCGGGCCCGCGGCUAACUGCUAUUUAGCAACGAAAAAAAUAAAAAUCCUUCAGAUAGGCGACGCUGA